AUGUCGUUCCUCCGUUUGCUGCCGUCCCGCACGGCUCUACGCCAUCAGGUAUUGCCUCGACAGCUCAAUCGAACCGGUUCGGCGUUCCCCCACAUGGGCACAGCAACAGCAGUGACGUCGCGAAGCUCCUUCAGCACCUCGAGCGUCAGUUCGUUCUACCCCUCUUCCCGCGCCCAAGAAACCGGUUCCGUGUCGCAACAACCUGGUUCAAAGACGCUCAAAGAGCUAGGUGAUAAUGCCAAGGACGAAGCCAAGAAGUUGGGGCACGUCAUUGGAGGGGCUAUGGCUGGUGCGAAUGCCUCGGUCGGCCAGAUCGGCAAUGCGGAGGAGAACCUAAAGGCUGGCGCAAUCGACAGCGUCAAGGGUGAUAUGGUGAGUACUGAUCAAGAGGUCGUCGUUGAGUGUGUUUAAAAUGGGUCUCAAGUAGAGAAAGCUCAAUGCUUGGUUAUCUGGCAAAUGCUGCCUACAGCAAAGUAUUGCCGGGGUUAUUCAGAAAGUCCCUCGUGAUGCCCUCGUGUGGGGUGGAGCCGGUCUCUUGCCAUGUCAGUCGCCCCAAAGUCGGGGAAAGAAACCCCAGUUUUAAGUCAAUGACACUUGUUUGUUCCAAACAGAUGCCGGCACUUCAUUGGCGACGGUCUACCUCGCCCGAUCAGCCGCUGAGGCGUGUGAGGUAGACGCCUCGGGCGUCGAAGCCGAGCUGGCGAUGGAGCUGCUCAGCGCGAGCCAGCAUCUCCAAAUCAGCUACGGUGCCGUCAUCUUGUCGUUCCUCGGUGCAAUUCAUUGGGUAAGGGUCGACAUUCAAACCGACUUCCCCGCACUGGGCAAAGACCGAGAGCACAAUGUCUGACCACCGAAUCCAACCCUUACAUUGCGCAGGGCCUCGAAUUCGCUAAAUUUGGGGGUGUGGUCGGCAACACGCGCUACAUCGCCGGUAUCGGACCCGUGAUCGUCGGAUGGGGAUCGAUUUUGCUCCUCCCGGUCCUUGGGCCUCAAAUGGCUCUGAUCACUCAAUGGGCCGGAUUCUUCGGUACUUGGUUGCUUGAUCAACGGGCCACGACUUGGGGGUGGACACCUAGGUGGUAUUCCACUGUGAGUCUGAUGGGAAAUCUGCUUCACACCUGGCGAGCCGAGUCCCUGACAGACAAGCGCUCCGAUCAGCGGAUGAAUAAUCUUGACUGACCCAAUGGAAUCACGCUGCGCAGUACCGAUUUUGGUUGACGGCCGUCGUCGGCAGUUCGAUCCUGCUCACCCUUGCAGGGGAAUCCUACUUUGCCCCCGACGUUCAAACACUCAAGAUUCGAGGCGAGAUCGCAAAGUUGAGGAGCCAACCUUUGAACACUCCCAAAGGGUAUCUUGCGCGCAUACGACGCUUGAACUCAUUUCAGCACGGUACUGACGAGUGGUUGGGCUCAUGCUUUGUCUCAGAAAUUCCGGUGACUUAGGAGAGUUCCGAGCUGAGAAAACGGACACGGCUUAUGUGAAAUUCUCCAAGAUUGACAAGGUGGGUUAGGGAUCGCCAUUCUCGACGAAGCCACUGAGAGGCCGACACUGAACCAUCUACGUUGGGGGUGACCUUUCUCUCACAGGAGAAGGAAGAGAAAGAAGCCAAGGAAGCGGAAGAGAAGAGGGAAAGGGAGGAGAAGGAGGCGCAGCGACAGGCCGAAGAGAUUGCGGGACGUGAAGAGCGUGAGAAGAAGGCCAAGAUUGGCCGGGCCCAGAGCUCGUGA